AUGCAUCUGGCAAGCGUUAUAUCGGUGUUAGAGGAUCCGCACGGGAUUAAAGCCGUGAUCAAGAGCAGGAGGUUGAUAAAGGGCAAGAUGGGUGUUGCGGUGGCCAUCUUCUUCACGGUUGCUGCUUGUUUCGUAGGAGUUGAGCUGCUGUUUGAGAAUUUUGUUGUGGCGAGCAGUAGUGUGAGUGGACGGAAUAUGGGAAUUAGCAUCCCAGUCGGAAUUCUUUGCCUCUUCUUGCUAUGCACGGUGUUUCUCUUUGGUCUAGUUGUCCAGACUGUUGUCUACUUCGUCUGUAAAUCAUAUCACCAUGAGAAUAUCGACAAGUCCUCGUUGGCGGAUCAUCUGGAGGUUUAUCUUGGGGAGUAUGUUCCUCUCAAGGCCAGGGAUGUCCAAUUAGGUGAAGUUCAUGUCUAG